AUGCUCAAUAUGCAGCGCAAGACAGUCAUCCUAACUCAUUUCACCCUCAUUCGCCAUAUUUUAAUCCUGUCUGGAAACUAUUUUGUAUAUCUACAUUUCACAAUCAUCGUUCAUAUACCAUUUUUCUUUCUUUAUCUCUCUCACACACGUAUUCUCUGUCAUAUUUGUAGUUUUUCUUUCUUUCUUUCUUUCUUUCGAUCAUGCGUUCUCUUCUGUAGUCAAUUCUUUUUCUUUCUUUCUUUCUUUCUUUCUUUCUUUCUUUCUUUCUUUCCAGUUGUCCUUUCUUUCCUUCCUAUUUUUUCUUUCUUUUUUCUUUCUUGUUUUUCUCUAAAUGCUAUAUAUAUGCUUAUCUAUCUUUCUCAAUCUCUCUUUCACCUUCUCUCUCUCUCUCUCUCGCACACUAAUGUUUUCUCGCAUAAUCUUUUUCACUCUCUCCUCUCUCUCACGCACACAAUAUUUCUCUCACACGCUAUUUCUCUCUUUUCGAAACUCCCCCUCCCUUUACCACAAUAUCUCUUUCACUCCCUCAUUCACUUUUUCUCUCACUCACACAUACCCUCUUUUUCUCUCGCUCAAUUUCCUUCUCUCUCACUUAUCUAUCUAUCUAUCUAUCUAUCUAUCUAUCUAUCUAUCUAUCUAUCUCCUCGAAACUUCCUCGUUACUCACAUGUGCUGUCUACGAUACACUAAUUUAAUCUAUCUAUCUAUCUAUCUAUCUAUCUAUCUAUCUAUCUAUCUAUCUAUCUAUAUAAGGAGGCACAGUGGACGUUUCAGUAUAGCUAGCAGCAUGCAACCGAAGACCUUGGUAAGGAGUGGCAUGACGUGUCCUUCAUUAAUCACCGCAGAGAAGCGGGAAACUAUCUAUCUAUCUAUCUAUCGAUCUAUCUAUCUAUCUAUCUAUCUAUCUAUCUAUCUAUCUAUGUAG